UCUGACCUUUUGGACAUGUACUUAAGUCUUGAGUUAUUUAGAGGGCUCCCUCUUAAUUCUUUUAGAAUUUCUUAAUUCUUUUAGAAAGAUCUUUAUUCUUUCUCAUCACGAUAUUUUGUGAUUAGUUCAAAUUGCACAUUUUGAAUCUUUUAGGUUUUAGAAGUCAUAUUCUUUUUGGAUACCUAUUUCUCUAAAUUUUUAAAAACAAUAUUUUCUAAAGUACAUAGAACCCGACUCAGUCCAAAAUCUCAUUUAAAGAGAAUGAAUUUUCAAUCCUCUAGGUCCAGAAGAUUUAUGCUAGGUACUGAAAGGAGCUGUGAUUACAGAUUCAUAUAUGCCUUCUUAUGACCUCUACUUUACAAUUAGUUCUAUUCCUUUUGACAUAGUCCAGUCAUAGGUCCAUUCUACUGAGUCCCAAUGACAUGAGAUUAUGUUUAUUUUCUUUCAUUAAAAUUUCAACUUUUCAUCAUUUAUGACAAAAUUUUUGGCAUAUUUGAAAAGACAAAUUAUUAUUAGUGCUCUACCUUGAAUUAGAUGAAGAGAAGUAACAUUGCUAUGUUAUAGCAUCGUCUAGAAAAUCCAUUUUUUCCAGUUCUCUCUGAGCAUUUUUAUUUUUUCUCCUUGAAUUUCAGUUUAGAACUCUUGAUUAGAUGAGGAAGGCCAGACAUUUUUUUCCUCAGACUUAAUGAGGCACUUUCUUAUUUGCCUGAAAUCCUUUAUUUUGAUGCCAUACAAGCCACGAUUCAGUAGUACAUAGUUUCUUUUUCUCCUUUGUUACAACCUUCUAUUAAUAGUAUCUUAGAGUUAAAAGGUUCUCUGAAGUCAGCUAUUUUAACUUUACAUGGUAGUCAUUGUCUUAUUGAACAAUUUCUCAACAUUGUUAUUGAUUCUCUUUUAAGCCUUUGAUAUUUUGUUUCUUGCUUGGCUUCCUUUCUGAAAUAUUUCUUAGAUCCUAACCAGGAAUACAAUUUGGGCUGAAUGUUUAGGUAAGAUAUGAUUCCAGCUCUUAAAGAACUUUGAAAUAUAAGGGGGCAGCUGGAUGGCUCAGUGGAUUGAGAGUCAGGCCUAGAGAUGGGAGGUCCUAGGUUCAAGUCUGGCCUCAGACACUUCUCAGCUGUGUGACUCUGGGCAAGUCACUUAACCCCCAUUACCUAGCCUUUACCACUCUUCUGCCUUGGAGCCAAUACACAGUAUUGACUCCAAGAUGGAAGGUGUAAGGUUUUAAAAAAAAUAAAAAAAAAGAACUUUAAAAUAUAGAAGGUAAUAAGAACCUAAGAUAUCAAGCAGUAUUACAUGUUUAGUUUACUAGUAAAAAACAAAGUACUAUGAGAGGACUUAGGAGAAAGGUUACAAAUCACUGGGAUAAGGAAAGGCUUUUUGGAAGAGGUAGUAUUUGAGUUGGGCCUUUAAAGGAUUGAUAAGAAUUCAACAGGUGAAGAAGGGGAGGGAAGACAGGGACUGCCUGAACAAAAGCAUAGACGUGAGAACAAAAUAUGACUUCAUUUUUACUGAGGUAUAUGUAGAGAGUUGUCCAUUUGAUUGAAGUAUAUAUAUAUAGUGGAGCAUUAUAUGGUUAGAAAAGAGUGAGUCCAAGUUGUAGGUGUUUUUCAGGAGAGAAGUAAGAGCCAGAGCUGUAAAUAAAAAAGAUUAUACAAGCAGUGAUAUAAAGGAUGUAUUAGAGAAAAGAAAGAAUAGAUUCAGAAAGAAAUGGAAGAAGGUGGUAGUUCAGAUAGUUGUUGUUAAAGGCCUAUAUUAGGUUGGUGAUAGUGGGUUAGAGAGAAGGAAGAACUCUUUGAAACAUGAUAUGAUGUGAAGUGAUGAUAGAAUUGAUAAGACCUGGUACCUGAUUGAAUAUUAGUGGUAAAGGAGUUAGGCUACAAAUUUAGGAGAGUGGGUGAAUGUUGGUCCCACAGACAAGGAAAGUGUAAGAAGACUGGAAAGGUAAGAAGGGGCCAAGUUAUGAAGGACUUAAAAAAAUAAACAGGAUUUAAAAUUUGAUCAUGGAGGUAAUAGGGAGCCACUGAAGGUCCAACCUGUAUUUUAGGAAGCUAAUUUUGAUGGCUGACCUGGAAGAUGAAUUAGAAUGGAGAGAGACUUGAGGAAAGAAGACCAGCAAAUUAUUGUAGGAGUCCUGAAGUGAUAUGGGUGUGCUCCAAAGUAGUGGCAGUGCCAAAGGAAGAGACUUAUUUGAGAAACAUGACAAAGGUAUAAUUGACUUGCCUAUAUGAGGAUGUGAGAGGGAGGAGAUGAGGAUGACACCUGGAUUUUGAGCUUGGAUGACUAAGAGAAUGACAGUGCCUUUGAUUGUAGUAGGGAAGUUAGGAAGAGAGGUUUUUGGGGAAAAGAUGAUGACUUCAGUUUGGGACAUAUUGAGUUUGAAAUGUCUGUGGGAUAUCCAGUUCAACCAGACAGUUGGUGAUGCAAGUCUGGGGGUCAGAGGACAAAUGUUAGGACUGUAUAAGGAAACCUAAGAAUCAUCUGUAUGGAGAUGGCAAUUGAAUCCAUGGGAGUCGGUGCAAUCAUCAGGUGGAAUAAUAUGACUGUGAUGGUGAACCUAUGGUAUGCAUUCCUGAGGAGGCUGCCUAUGCAAGCCUGAGGAUGUUUCUCACCACCUGCCCCUCUGCCCAGCAGCCCAAUGGGACUGCUUCCUCCCUCCCCUGUGUGGAGUGGAGGGGUAGGGUAUGGCGUUCAGUCUCUAAAAGGUUUGCCAUUGCUGGUAUAGAAGAAAAGGGCCCAGGAUAGCCUUAGGUGAUACUCACAGUUAACAGGUGCAACCUGGAUGAAGAUCUAGCAUAGGAGACUGUCAACCAGGAGAAUGUCUAUGCUGUUUGGUUUUGGAGGUAAGGACAUUCCUUUGUGGCUUUCCCUUAACAAUAUUUUGGGAUCUGGCUGUUGCUGACUAUUCCCUCUAUACUGGGAUUACUGCUACUUGGGAGAAACACUAUUUUAUAUUUACUUGCCUCCUACCUUCUUUUCUUACAUUCUGAUAACUUAUUAACUGAUUCUAGUAGAAAUUCAUCUCCUGCCUCUCAAAAGUUUUAUAUUUAUUUAGUAAUAGGCAAUGUUUAGCUUCUGUGACUGUUAACAUUGUCCCUGAGAAUGAAGCUACUUUGUGCAAGAUCAGUAGAAGGGGGCACAUAUCACUGAUUUCAUUAGAAACAGAUAAAGUAGUAUGUAUGCUUUAGGCAAAUGUAUACUGCACAUGUUUCUUUGUGUUUGCCAAUUUAGUCAUGAAAUGGUUCCUGGCUCUUCUCUUUCACUUUUGCAUUUAGAAGCUUAAGGAACAACACAAAACAAAACAAAACAAAACAAAACAAAACAAAACUUUUAUUUAUGUGAAUUAGUAACCCAUGAAGUUGUAUAAGCUGAAGUUUUGUCAUGAGGUUCAGGAAAAUUUUAGGUUAAUUCUUGGGCAAUAGUUGUGAAUGAGUUAUUAAAGGUGCAUUGGCUGAGAGGCAAGCCACCACAAUAUCCUACAAAAUAUUGAUAGCAUACAAAAUAUUGAUAGCAUACAGACCAGAUGGAAAGCCCCCAUAAUGUGAGAAGUGUCAGCAAUGGCUGGGCCACUGCCUCCUGCCAAAGGUGACUAAAUUGAGUCUUGAAGGAAGCAAGGGAUUAUAAGAGGCAGAGGAAUACUUCACAUAUGGGAGGUGGUCAGUACAAAAGCAUGGAGCUUCAUAUGUGAGGAGCAGCAAGUAGGCUAGUGAAACUGGAUCAUAGAGUUUGUCGAAGGGAAUAAAGUACAAGAAGACUGAAAAGGUCUGGACCUGGGAAUUCUGUUUGUGAAGAUAUUUUAUACCAGACCAAGGACUUUGAUCCUGGAGGAAUCACUGAAGUUUAUUGAUUGGGGGAAGGGAGUGGGUAGGUCACAUGAUCAAAGCUUUGGAUGGGGUCAGAAACCCUUGGCAUCUCAGUUGGAGGAUAGAUGCAAGUGAGGAGAGACUUGAGGUGGUAGGGUCAAUUGAACUGCUACUGCAGUAUUCCAGAAGAGAGAUGAUGAAGUAUUGAAUCAGUAUGGGGUCUGUGUGGGUGGAACAAAGGAUAUAUAUGGGAGAUGCUGUAGAAAAAGAAAUAAAAAGAUAUGGCGAAGGAUUGGAUCUGUGGGAUAAGAGUAAGGGGCUGAAAGUGACAUUGAAGUUUUGAACCUGGGUGACUGAGAAAUGUCUUAUCUUCAAAAGAAAUAGGCAAGUCCAGAAGAGAAGGCUUGAGGAGAGGGGUAAUAUAAAUUCUAUUUUGGACAUCAACUUGUAGAAGUUUAUGUGCUUUCUAUUUAGUCCAUUAGGCAGUUGCUAAUGUUGGAGCUCAUCAGAGAAACUAAGACUAUAUAAAGAUCUAGAAAUUAUUUGCAUAGAGAUUGCAUUGAGAUGAUAUUUGAAACCUUAAGGGCUUGUAAUAUCACUGAGUGAUACUAUAGAAGAAGAGAAGAGGGUGCAGGACAGAGCCUUGGGGAUACCCACAUUUAGUAGUGGAUUUAAUAUAGAUGUUCCUAGAUCCAGCAAAGGAGAUCAUGGAGACCUCAGACAGGUAAGAGGAGAACCAGUAGAGAGCAGUGUCACAAAAAUCCAGAGAGGAGAGAUCAAUGAGAAGAAAGAAGUAGACUAUAGUGUCAACAGCUGUAAAGAGAUAAUUGAAUGAGUAUGAGUAUUGAAAAAAGACCAUUAGAUAUUACAUUUGAGGGUAAGAGGUUAUUGGUAACUUUAGAGAGAGUGGUUGCAGUAGCAGAGAGUUUUUUUUUUUUUUUAGUAGCAGAGAGUUUUAAGAGCAUAGGUUUUUCAAGGAAUUUAUCUGAGAUGAUAGCUAGUGGGGAUGCUAAGAUGAAUUUGAAGGUUUUCUUUAACAGUGAGAUAGACCUGGGCAGUAGAGAAGGGGGUCAAUAGAUAAGAGUAUGAUCAUUAGAAAGUGAGUGGGGAUGAUGUGGGGGACCAUCUGCUGAAGACUAUGAAGGCUAUACAUGAAGAAGUUUGCCUUGACAGGGAGAAGAAGGAUUACUUCUUCAUUGUGGGGAGUUGAGAUGAGGAGAACAGGGAGCAACAGCCUUAUUUUUUUCACUGAAGUAUAAGUCAAGAUCCUCAAAUUCAACUCCUAUCCUUCAUGUUUGCUUCUCUAUGCAGUGAAUGCCAGCUAUUCUGUGGCUUAGAUAAAAAGCCAUGUAAGAUAUCUGGUUUUUGAAAGCCAGUUUUGAGGCAUCUGGGAAGAAUGAAGACCUAAAUAUUUUCCCAAAAAUUUGGAUAAUGCCAGGGAGAUCUACGAAAAGUUAAAGGGGAGAUGUGGGGUAAAGAAUUAAAACUCUGAAGAAAACUUUCCAGUUCUCUCAGCAACAUUGAAGUGAUUUCAAAGGACCUGUGCAAGUUGUAACAGAUUUUUUAAAAAUGGAAGUAUUUCCAGAACUUCGUAAACAACCAGAACUUUUGGAAUGUGAUCACUGCAGUUUCAAAGGCACAGAUUAUGAAAAUGUACAAAUUCACAUGGGAACCAUCCAUCCAGAGUAUUGUGAUGAAAUGGAUGCUGGUGGGUUAGGUAAAAUGAUAUUUUACCAGAAAACUGCAAAGUUGUUUCACUGCCACAAAUGUUUCUUUACUAGCAAAAUGUACUGCAAUGUGUACUACCACAUCACAUCCCAACAUUCAGUAAAAGAUAAGUGGGAUGAUAAACAGAAAAAACAGUUGGAGGAGACAGAACCUGUGAAAACCUCCCUCUUUCCUGAGUCCCAGAAAAUGUCUAAUUCAUCUGAGAUUCAGAAAUCCACACCUGUUUUUUCAGCAGAGUUACAGAAACCUGCUCCUAUUCAAACUCCAGAAUCACCUCAAACUACUCCUGCUAGUUCUCCAGAGCUCCAGAAACCUGCCUCUGGAGUUUCUGCAGAGCCACAGAAACCUGUCAUUCCUGACUCUCAGAAACCUUCCCCUGUUCCUUCUCCAGAAUCCCCAGAACUUGUCCCUUUGGCUUCUUUGGAACAACAGAAACUUGCUUCUGUUUCUCCUGAGCCACAAAAGUCUCCUGUUGUUAAUCCCUCGACCCAGAAGCUUUCUCAUUUUACAGAGACACUGAGAACUCCUUUGUCUACUUCCCCGGAACCACAAGAACCAGUUUUAGCUUCUUCCCCCGAGCCUUGGGGAUCAUCUCCAAGUUCAUCUCCUGAAUCCCAGAAACCAGCUUUGACUGAAUCUCCUGAACCUAGGAGGCCAUCACCAGCUGUUUCUCCUGAGUCUUGGAAGCCAUCCCCUGCUGUCUCCCCUGAGCCAAGGAGGCCAGCUCCAUCAGUAUCACCAGGUCCUUGGAAGCCUGUGGUAUCUACAUCUCCUAGACCUUGGAAACCUGCUCCUUCCACAUCACCUGGCUCUUGGAAGACUGCUAAACCUGCUCCUUCUGUUUCACCUGGGCCUUGGAAGCCUUUACCUCUGUCACCUGGUCCUUGGAAGCCAAGUCCGCCUAUGUCACCUGGAUCCUGGAAGCCUUUACCUGUAUCACCUGGUUCAUGGAAAGCUAAUACAUCUCCUGAGGCCUGGAAACCUGGACCUCCAGAACUUCGAAAGACAUCUCCCAUGUCACCCGAACUCUGGAAGCCAGGCCCCUCUUCUCCAGAAUCCCGUAAAACUGGUCCCCCAUUGUCCCCUGAGCCUCGUAAACCAAGCCCCUCAUCCCCUGAGGCUCGGAAGGCUGGACCCCCGUUGUCCCCAGAGGCCCGGAAGGCAGGUCCUCCAUUGUCCCCUGAACUCCGUAUGCCAGGUCCCCCAUUGUCCCCUGAGUCCCGUAAACCAGGUCCUCCAUUGUCCCCUGAGCUCCGUAAAAUAAAUCCCUCACUGUCCCCUGAGGCUCGAAAAGCAGGUCCCCCAUUAUCCCCUGAGCUCCGAAAAGCAGGUCCUCCAUUGUCCCCUGAAAUUCGAAAGGCAAUUCCCUCACUGUCCCCUGACCUCCGUAAAUCAGGACCUCCAGUAUUAUCUGACCUCCGUAAGCCAGGUCCCCCAUUGUCCCCUGACCUUCGAAAAUCAGGCUCUUCAUUGUCACCUGACCACCAGAAAUCCUCAGUAUCACCAGAACUCUGGAAGGUUUCUUCUGAUCAGUGGAAGCCUUCUAUUUCUGGAGAACCUUGGAAACCUGUCUCUAAUGAUUUUACCGAAUCCCAAAAGACUGUAUCUCCUGGGUCUCCAGAUGUCUGGAAGUCUUCCUUUUUUCUUGAACCUCAGAAACCUGUCUUCCCUGAAUCCCGGAAACCAGGUCCUCCUGGGUCAUCUGAACAUCCUAAAAUGGUUUCAGAGACCCGAAAACCUAUUUCUGGUGAUGCUGACCCCCGAAAAUCUGCCCUUUUCUCUGAGUCUCCCAAAACAUUAUCAUCCUCAGAGCCCCGGAAACGGAUUCUCUUCCCAGAAUCAAGGAAACAUACUCCAUUUUCUGAGCUUCCUAAAUCUAUUUCUCUUUAUCCUGAAUCUCAGAAAUUGGUUGAAUCUAGUGAGUAUGAUAUCCAAACAGAGGCCCUGGAAGAUCAAAAAGAUGACAUUUUGGCUCAGGAAGAAGCAUUAUAUCAUUGUCAAAAGAAGUUCAAGAAAGACAACCAAGAGAACUCUGAUGCAGAACUUAGUAGCAGUGAAUGUGGAAAAGCAGAUUUAGAUUUCUUUGAUCUCAAAGGCCAGGAAUCUAACAGUGAUCAAGAGCAGGUUGAUGUGGAAUCAGUUGAUUUUACUAGAGAGAACAAAAUGGAUCCUUCUGAUCAGCCCAAAAGCAUAUUGCAGUUUACAGAUGAUAAAGAGGCUUUUAUCUCUGAAGAGGAGAUAGCAAAAUACAUGAAACGGGGAAAAGGAAAAUAUUUUUGCAAGAUCUGUUGCUGUCGUGCUAUGAAAAAAGGUGCCGUUUUGCAUCAUUUAGUUAACAAGCAUAAUGUUCAUAGCCCAUAUAAAUGCACAAUAUGUGGGAAGGCUUUUCUUUUGGAGUCUCUCCUUAAAAAUCAUGUUGCAGCCCAUGGGCAAAGUUUACUUAAGUGUCCACGUUGUAAUUUUGAAUCCAAUUUCCCAAGAGGCUUUAAGAAACAUUUAACCCAUUGUCAAAACCGUCACAACGAAGAGGUUAAUAAGAAGCUUAUGGAAGCUAUUGAGCCUCCUCCUCCACCUCCACCCCCACCACCCCCUCCACCACCCCCACCUCCUCCUCCACCUGAAGAGCAAAUUUAAUUUUGAAAAUUAUGUAUUAUAAUACUUCAAAAAUUUAUCUACUAAAACCAACCUUUGAAAGUGUUGCUCUUUUAGCCGAUUAAGUAGUUUAGUUGAAUAAGUAGAAGUAAAGAGUUGAAAAGGUUGUAUAAUGUUUAGUUUGUGUCAGUAGUAGUAUAGAAAAGAAACUUCCCAGGAUUUUUAGAGUAUCUGUUCAUGUGCCUAUCUUACAAAUCAAUAAAUUCAUACUGGAUAUUCCAGAUGAGUUGAAUUCUUUGAAUUUCUUCUCUGUGUAUAAUACAUCAUGAAAGGCUGUAUACAUUCCAUUUAAUUAUAACUUACACAUACUCUUAGAUAUGCAGUGAAAUUUAUCCGUUUGUGAAAUCUUAAGUUUAAAUUGAGAGGCAGCAUACUAUGAGUGGGUAGACAGCUAGCCUGGGAGUCAGGAAGAUGUUCAAGUCCCAAUUCUAACCCAUUCUGUAUUGUGACCCUAGGCAAGUCAUAGCCUCCCAAUUCAGUGAUCCCAGGCAACAGUGAGACUAAAUUGAAGAACAAUUGCUAAUCUGUAUUGAUAGAAGGAGUACCUUGUCCCAAAAAUCUCGAGUCUGGACCAAAAGAAAAUCCUUUAAGAAAUUUCAAGGCUUGGUAAUAACAAUAUUUAUAAAUUAGUUAUUAGGGGAAGAUGCCCCAGUUUUCCUUAUUUUAAAAAAAGAGGUUUUAUUUUUUAAAUCACUUGGAAUACUUCUUUGAUUUUAAUUGUUUUUUUCACAGAUGUGUCAUUUUGAAAUUUGGGAAUUUAAUAAUGCAGAAAGUAAAUCAGCAUUAUUUGUAAAUCUUAAACCAUUUCUAAACUAAUGAUUGGAUUUUUUCUUUUAUAUGUUUUGAAGAACUUAAAUUUUUAUUGAUAUAUAUAUAUAUAUUAGAAAAAGAAGUCUAUGAAGGAGCAACUGCAAUGUACAAUAUAUAUCAUAUUCCCCCAUUAGAAUGUAAGCUCUUUGUGGGCAGGGAUUUUUUUACUUUUGUCUUUGUAUCCCCAUUGCCUUGCACAUAGGCGCUUAAUAAAUGCUUGUUGGAUUGGAUUGGA